AUGGCGGCCCUGCCAAAAUUUCAUAGUCGGACAGGGUCGCUAGUCACUCUAAGUAACGACGGUCGGACAGCACAGAGAAGCCACCCAACACAAGAAUUUAACAACGGUGUUGUUUUGAGUGCAGAAUCACUGAAAGAUGAUCAAGUAUUUGAAGUGAAAAUAGAUAAAAAGGUGAACUCAUGGAGUGGUUCAAUAGAAAUUGGAGUCACCACCUGUGACCCAAAUAAUCUUAACUUUCCUAUAAGUGCUACAGGUUUCCGUGAAGGCACAUGGGUAAUGUCUGGUAGUUCCAUCCUUAAGGAUGGUCAUUCUGUGAUAGAGGAGUAUGGAGCAGAUCUUGAUCAGCUUUCAGAAGGUGACAAGGUUGGGGUGAUGAGGACUUCACAUGGACUUCUGCACUUUUUUGUUAAUGGUACAGACCAAGGAAUGGCUGCUGUGGAUAUAGGACCAGUGGUGUAUGCAGUUGUAGAUCUAUAUGGGAAAUGUGCUCAAGUAUCUAUCAUUGAAAGUGUGUCCAAUGUCAACCAAGAGAAUCAACAGAACGCUGUUUCAGUGACCAAUGAUGUUGCUAGUCAGUUAGCCAAUGAGUUUUUGACACAAUUGUCCAACCAGAUAGUGAAUGACUUAACAAGAGGUGCUGAGGCCCUUAGCGUUUCUGAUGAGAGUGUUGUUCAUUCAAAUGAAAGAUUAACCUUUCAUGAACGUUGUGGAAGCCUAGUGAAGUUAAGCAAGAGUCACAGAACAGCUGAGAGGCGGCGACCACUGGACGAGUUCAACAAUGGAGUGGUCAUGACCAACAGACCACUCAAAAAUGAUGAAAUGUUUGAAAUACGACUUGACAUCUUGGUGGACAAGUGGUCGGGGUCUAUAGAAGUCGGCAUCACAACACAUAACCCAUCAACACUAGAUUUCCCUGCAACAAUGACAAAUAUGAGAUCAGGUACAAUAAUGAUGAGUGGCUGCGGGAUACUGACCAAUGGGAAAGGUACACGGAGAGAGUAUGGUCAAUACAACCUAGAUGAACUAGAGCAAGGAGACAGAAUUGGGUUGAUGAGAAAAUCAAACGGUCAUCUCCACUAUUACAUCAAUGGUCAAGACCAGGGGGUGGCCUCAACUGAAGCUCCAGUCACAAUCUGGGGUGUGGUUGACCUGUAUGGUAUGGCUGUGAAGGUAACCAUACUGGACCGGAAUGAUCCUAACUAUCCCAACACUUUACCUGUGGCUGCGCCACGCAACACCAAUGUGUUCAGACAAUACCCAGACAUGUAUGAUGAUGAACAGGAGGUUGAGGAAGAGGGAUGUGUGGAGAAACUUCUUUUCCAUCCACACUGUGGCUCUCAUGCAGCAGUCAUUAGUGGACAGAAGACAGCCCAUAGACCUAAUGCCUUAGAUGAUUUUAACAAUGGCGUUGUCCUGACAAGUAGACACCUGAGGCCAGAGGAACUGUUUGAAGUGCGGAUAGACAGAAUGAUUGACAAGUGGGCAGGGUCAAUAGAAAUAGGUGUAACUUUGCACUCUCCACAUGACCUUGACUUUCCCUCUACAAUGACAAACAUCAGAUCUGGUACAUGGAUGAUGACGGGGAACGGUGUGAUGCACAAUGGAACCACGAUCAUUGAUGAGUACGGACAAAAUUUAGAUAGACUCAAGACAGGAGACCGUGUGGGUGUAAGGAGGAAGACAGAUGGAACACUCCACUUCUAUGUUAACGGUAUAGACCAGGGACAAGCUGCCUCCAAUGUCCCAGAGUUUGUGUACGGGGUCAUUGAUCUUUAUGGACAGGCUGCCCAGGCUACAGUAGUCGAUCAUUCAGAAUCACUGUCUUCACCUGAUGCAGAUUCAAGCUGUGCCCUGGAGACAGAGGAACUUAAAUUUCACACCAUGCAUGGUCAGAAUGCCAUUGUAUUAAAUAAUGGCCGAACAGCAGCUCGGCCCAAUGCUACAGGAGAGUUUAAUGAUGCCAUAAUCAUGAGUAACCGCCCACUGAAAGAUAACGAACUGUUUGAAGUCAUCAUAGAGAAAAUGGUGGAUAGAUGGUCAGGCUCAAUAGAAGCAGGUGUGACCCUUAUUAAGGCAGAAGAUUUGGACUUCCCGAAUACAAUGACAGAUAUUGAGUACGAUACCUGGAUACUGAGUGGCUCUGCCAUUAUGCAGGAUGGCUCCACAAUCCGAAAUGGGUACCCACUUGACCUUGAUGUCAUGUCGGUAGGCUGUCGUAUUGGGAUGAUGAGGUGUUGUGAUGGCACUCUACACUACUAUUUCAAUGGCAUGGACCAGGGCGUGGCAUGCUCUGAUGUUCCACCAGGUGUGUCCGCUGUGAUUGACCUGUACGGUCAGUGUGCUCAGGUGUCAAUAACCAGUGGCUCUGGUAUACUACCGACAGACAAUAAUGUCCUUCAUACAGAGAUGGUACAGUCAGCUGCUUCACCUGUAAACACAGAUGUCACCCAUAGGUUCAGUCAAUGUUGUGGAAAAAACAUUACCAUAAAAAAUAACGGGGCUAUGGCCUGCAGAGCCCGUAACUUCCAACACGGUCUCAUCUUUAGUUCGGAUCCACUGAGACGGGACGAGCUAUUUGAAAUAAAAGUGGAACAGUUGUCAAAGGUAUGGUCUGGGUCACUUCACAUUGGACUGACCACUCUAGCCAUCUCGGACUCCACACCCAUCUCGUCUAUACCUUCAUCUGCACUGGCCUUAACCACAAAACUUACUUGGAUUGUCACAAGUUCAGAGGUCAGGAAAUCGGGCAUUGUCAUCAAGGAAAACUAUGCCCCAUCAUUAGAACGUUUGGAGGUUGGUGACAAGGUUGGUGUAAAGAGAUGUCGGGACGGUACUAUGCAUAUACUUCUGAAUGGGGAGGACUUAGGAGUGGCAGCCUCCAACAUACAAAAGAAUGUUUUUGCUGUGAUUGAUCUGUUUGGUGUUGUGGAGACAGUUUCUGUUACCAGUAGUGCCUCGACAGACAAUCUCAUGAUGCUCAGUCAGCAGUCACAAAGUGUCGUGUCAGACUUAACAGAUAACAAUGAGACUGAACGGGACCAAGACCAGGACACUAACACAUCUUGCUGUUUUGAAUUCCACUGUAACCAUGGUAAAAAUGUUCUCCUUAGCAACAACAACCUGACAGCCCGGCGGACAGCCAGCUAUAACCAGGGAAUCCUGAUAUCUAGUCGACCACUACAACGCAACAAACUCUUCCAGGUGCGUUUGAAUAGCCUGAACUCCAAGUGGAGUGCUUCACUGAUGAUAGGAAUACUUGGCUUCUCACCUGAGCGAUACAACUUACCUGUAUCAGCAAUCUGUAUUAAAAAAUCCUGUAUGAUCAUCCAGGGAGACUCAGUCUACAACUGUGGCUGUAAGAUGAAGGAGCAUUAUGGUCCCAACAUCGACCAGUUACAAUCAGGCCACUGUGUAGGAGUGUUAGUGGAUGAAGAGGCGUGUCUUCACCUUUACGUCAAUGGGGUAGACCAGGGUGUGGCAGCUCGUGAUGUCCCUAACCCUUGUCAUGCUCUGGUGGACCUGUACGGCCAGUGUCAGGAGAUCACGGUGGUAACAGAAGACACAAGUGUCUCAUCGCUGGUUAGUACCGUAGACGAGAGAGAAAAAGCUGAUAUAGAUGAUGUUGUGAAGGAGAAGCUUCAUCGUGUGAGCAGUGAUGUAAAUGUCAACAGAAACUGUGAAUACCAGAACAUCUGUGCCAGGAUCAAAUCUCAACUAGGACUGCCAGAAAAUUACUUUGAUGUUCAGAGUAAUAUGUGUUUUUGUGAGACGUGUCACAAGAUCAGACGUGAGGAGGUAUAUCAUAAGCGUGGGGACCCUCCUCGCGAGUAUGCACUUCCGUACGGCUGGUGCAGAUUCUCUAUUAGGUUACUAAAUAAAGCAAAUACAUUGAAUAUAGCGGAGAAGUGGCAUGUUGGUUAUUAUGGAGCCCGAAUGGAAGCAGUACGGAGAAUCCUCGAUAGUGGAGAUCUUCAUGCAGUGGGUGAGGUGGCAACAGGAGGUAGUAUACUGUUGCCACAGCCAGUACCAGUCACAGAAAAGUCCAGUCCAGACGGCUGUGGUCUUAAACAGAUCUUCCUCUCACCAACAAUAAGAUAUGCAGGCUGUAAUGAAUUCUCUCCAAAAUAUCGAAUGGUCGACCCUAAGACAAGAAAGACAUAUCAUGUUCGAGUGGCAUUCCAGGUGUGGCUGAAACCAGGAUCUUACAAAGUAGGACCUCAGUCUCUGGGGGUCAAUGAACAAAUUGACCCCAAAAUUAGUAACAAUGAACUUGAAUGGUCAACAAAGGAGCGUGGCUCAAUCAUGUUGGAUGGACUACUUGUCAAGAUAGAAUGA